AUAUGCCACACUACAUAAAAUGAGACCACCCUGCUGGCAUAUCAGUUUUACUAGAAUCAAGGCCUAGUGUAAAGCCUGGAGAGGCUAGCUUAGAAGAAUGUGCUCUCAUACUAAGCACUUCUUGCUUUGUUGGUGGUUCAUUGUGCAACUUUUAGGGUUAGGAAAGUGCCAGUGCUCUGACGGAGAUGCCAGAUUAAUUCAACAAGAAACAGACUACCUUUGUGGACGUCUGGAAGUGUGCCACUCUGGAGUAUGGGGUACUGUGUGUGACAAUGGGAUGGAUAUAAAUGUGGCUCAAGCAGCAUGUCAACAACUUUCAGCCGGAAAUGCCACUAACAUUUCAGGCGAUGCUCUCUUAGGUGAAGGAACCGGUUCUAUAUUUGACAUUUCAUGCACCAAUUAUUCAAUGUCUUUGCUGAAUUGUUCCAUCACUGAUUCUUUAAGCUGCAGUCUCCAUACCAAUGACGUCUCAAUCUGCUGCUCAUUUGAAUGCACUGAUGAUGAUAUACGUUUGUUGGAUGGUGGUGUUCCCUCAAGAGGGCGGAUAGAGACAUGCCGCAAUAAUAAAUGGGCUGUUCUGUGUCAAGACCUACUGACUGACACAACUGCUUCGGAUGUUUGCAAUUCCCUUGAUUACUCCCCAUAUGGUGCUGUUAGUGUGAAUGGUGCUUAUUUUGUGUGGAGCAGGGCUAGUACUACACUGAUACGGGCUCAUGAUGGUGGAAACUGUGUUGAAAGAGGACAGUAUCAGGGAGUCAUAUGUCAAGCCAAAUCAACAGUAGCUGGAAAUUGCAGCCAUGGGGCAAUGAGACUUGUCGACUUGGUUGAUGAUCAUACUACAAUGACCAGAGUGGGAAGAGUGGAAGUUUGUGUCAAUAACGCAUGGGGAAGUGUCUGCAAGAACAGUUUCAAUUCACCUGAAGCAGAUGUUGUUUGUAAUCGCAUCCCUGGCUUCACUGGUGUUGGUGCUAUUGUAUCCGUGGGCAAUGGAACGAGUCCCAUCUUCCUGGACAGCCUCCAGUGUAUCGGCACUGAGACUAGUUUGGUGGACUGUGCUGAUGAACUUAGACCAGUCGGGAUAACAAACUGCCAAAAAGACAAUGUUGUAAUUGUUCAGUGUGCAGACCUCAAUGAGUGUGCAAGUGGUGAUCCUUGUCCUGGGGAGGGCGCACUCUGUCAGAACUCCUUCAUGAACUACACCUGCGGGUGUGCUCAGGGAUACGUCCUGACCGAUAAUGGAACAUGCGUUAGUACAGCUUGCUCAAAUGGGGAAAUCCGACUAAUGAUAGGAGAGGAUGAAGACUCACCAGACUACGGAGCAAUCGAGCCCAACUUUUUUGUCGUGAACAGCAGUGAUGUGCUCAGGGCAGGGAGGGUGGAGGUAUGUGUAGAUGGAGUAUAUGGCACCAUCUGUCAAGACGGCAAUUGGGGAAACAAUGAUGCCUCAGUGGUUUGCAGCCAACUUGGAUUCUCACCCUAUGGAGCCUUUCCAUUGACCAGUUCCGACUCACUCUUCCUAGAAGGUAGUCUGCCUGCUCUGUUGGGAGGAUUAGAUUGUGCUGGAAAUGAGACAGACAUUUUUGACUGCCAAAGAAGUGAUGAUACCUCUGCAACAUCUUGUGACAGAUUCCAGGACGCAAGAGUAGUCUGCCAUUCCACCUCAUAUUUGUUGCUAAAUGAGAGUGCUGAGUGCAACGAUGGAGCUUUGAGACUUACUGGAGGGAGCUCCACCAGAGGUAGACUGGAAGUCUGUGUCAACAACGCAUGGGGAACUGUGUGUUCCCAUGGUUUUAACGAGAACGCUGCUAAUGUUGCUUGUGCUUCUCUUGGCGACUAUACAGCAUUACCGGUAUUUGAAAAUCUGACUGAGCUUCGUGGAUUAUCUGAUGCCCCAAUUUUCCUGAGUAGUGUGAGUUGUGAGGGAAGUGAGGAAUCUCUAUUGCAGUGCAAGUCUACCCUACCAGCUGGCCUUUACAUACCGUCACUUUGUUAUUCCACCGUGGGACUAGAAUGUCAAGAUAUUGAUGAAUGUCUCAAUGCCAGUCUGAACAACUGUUCUCAGCGUUGUAUGAACACCAUGGGUAGCUUUUACUGCUAUUGUGACAGUGGAUACGAGGGGAGCGCAGAUUGUAUUGACAUUGAUGAGUGCUCCCUCUCUCUGGAUAACUGUAGCAAGUUUGCUACCUGUGACAACACUGAGGGUGGAUUUGAUUGUAGCUGUCGCCGUGGAUAUGAAGGAAAUGGAUUUGCUUGUGCUGAUAUGUGUAUCAUGGGACAGACUAGACUCUUACUUGGAGAUAGGAAUCAAUAUAUCACGAACACACUUCCUCCGUGGCUUAAGAAUAUUGAGGAGUUCUUCACUUAUAAUGACAUUCUGCUUGCUGGGCGUGUGGAGUACUGUUCAAGUGGUGGUAGCUAUGACACGUUGUGUGGUGACUCUUGGACCAACAAAGAAGCAUCUAUAGUCUGUAGAACACUUGGAUUGUCGCCCUAUGGUGCAGUGGCUGUUACAAAUGGUGGCUUUCGCCAAGAGACUCUUCCUCUUCCCCCUCUCUUGACAGUGAAUUGUGAUCAAUCAGAAAGUACUUUGUCCGAGUGUGUGUUCUCCAAUGCCGUAGAUAUGUGUACAAACAGAGGUGUUGGUGUAGUUUGCCAAGUACCUUCUACCAUAAAUGAUACGUGCACUACUGGUGAUUUGCGACUGGUAGAAGGGGCACAUGAGCUGGAAGGUCGUCUGGAGGUAUGUGUCAACAGAGCCUGGGGCACUGUCUGCAGUGAUGGAUUCAGUGAAAGUGAUGCCAAUGUCGUUUGUUCACAACUUGGUCCUCGUUACAAUGGAGUCCUUGUACAUCCGAAUGCUGGUGUGUUUGGUGCUGGGACUGGCCCAAUUUUUUUGGACAACUUGGCUUGUUCUGGUGAUGAAGAAACUUUGCUUCAGUGUGACUUCUACAGCCGCUCUGUUGGUCUCCAUGACUGUCUGCACUCACAGGAUGUGGGGGUCACAUGCAGAGAUUUUAACGAGUGCUCGACUGAUAAUGGUGGUUGUGAAUACGCCUGCAAUAAUCUUGUUGGUUUUCCGUACUACAAUUGCUCCUGUCAGCUGGGCUACAUUCUGAACAGUGACAACAAGUCAUGCAUCGACAUUGACGAGUGUGAGGUUACCAUCUCUUGUCAUGACAACGCCACUUGUUCCAACACCAAUGGUAGCUACAUCUGUGAAUGCAACGAUGGUUUCUUUGGAGACGGAAUCACUUGUGAUAUAGUCGCUUGUUUUGAGGGUGAUGUUCGACUUGGUGAUAUUGUGGACAGUGUAUCCUCAUCUGUGGUUGGUAGAGUUGAAGUCUGUUUUAAUCACACGUAUGGUACCAUUUGUGGUGAUGGUUGGAGUAAUGCGGAAGCUUCAGUGGUGUGUAAACAGCUGGGCUUCAGCUCAUAUGGAGCUGUACCAUUGACUCGAGGGCAAUUUGGAACUUUAAUGCCGCCAGAUAUACUAGCGAGUACAGAAUGUAGAGGCAAUGAAGAGAGCCUCCUCCAAUGUAACUACUCGACUGAUACCAGUGGCUGUGAUCGUUUUAAUGAUGCUGGAGUAGCAUGCCAAAACAUUACUGAAGAAAACACCAACACCACUUGCAUGAAUGGAGAGAUUAGAGUAGUUACUAGCAAUACUUCUCAGCAGUCUAUUGAAGGCAGAGUAGAGGUGUGUCUUAACAAUGCCUGGGGCAGUGUAUGCGGAGAUUCCUACUUCGACUCUGUGGACGCUGGAGUGUUGUGUGGGCAAUUGGGCAAAUACUCACGAGACAGUGCAGAGAUAGUGUCUGGCUCCCCCGGCACUGGUCCUAUCUUUGUGGACAGACUGGAAUGCUCUGCUGAUGACCAAACACUUUCAGACUGUCGAAUGACCUCUCCACUGGGUGUGGUGGAUCGAUUGUGUGACCAUUCCAUGGACAUCAGCAUUAGAUGUAUCGAUAUCGAUGAAUGUAGCAAUUACACACUGAACAACUGCUCCCAAACGUGCUUGAAUGUUCGUGAUGGUUAUGAGUGCUCUUGUAAAACUGGAUAUCGACUGUUGCCCGAUAAUGUCACUUGUGAAGCAAUCGAUGCCUGUCUCUCAAUGGAACUCAAUAACUGUAGUUCAAACGCAAAAUGCAACAGUACUAGUACUGCACCUGGCACUUUCGAAUGUACUUGCUUCAAAGGAUAUGAAGGAAAUGGUGUUUCCUGUGAAAAUAUCAAUGAGUGUGAGGAUCAAUUUUUCUGUGGUAAUAACGCUAUGUGCUUCGACACUGAGGGAAGCUACUGCUGUAUGUGUGCAGUCGGAUUCUAUCCUAUCUCUGUGGAGUGUGGAAACACUACCCUUAUCUGUGACGAUAUUGACGAGUGUGCACAGAAUGAGACUAACACCUGUGACAUUAUGAAUGGCUACUGCAACAACACUCAAGGCGGCUAUGAGUGCCUCUGUAACUUCGGCUAUAGCAGCAAUACCACAAUGAACAAUACUUGCAGAUGUGAAGAAGGUCAAGUUGUUCUGUUGAGUGAUAGUCAGCCACCUAGUGUGGAUCAAACAGAGGGUAGGGUGGAGGUCUGCAUAAACAAUUCCUAUACUGCUGUAUGUGAUGAUCUUUGGGAUGAGCUUGAAGCUCUAAUCAUUUGCAGACAGCUUGGAUUCAACGUCUCCAUCCAUGAGGUGGUAGCUGUUAAGGAAGCUGCUGGACAAUAUGGGGCUGGGAAUGCCACGAUCAUCCUAGAUGAUUUGUCUUGUUCUGGGGAAGAGCGCAACCUACUUCAGUGUGAGCUAGGUGGUCCACGGCUACACACUUGUGACAUUUCUGAAGUAGCUGGAGUCCAGUGUGGAGUUACCUGUAUUAACGGCAGCAUUCGUCUCGCGGUCGGUGAUGACAUCGACUUGUUUGUAGACACAAUGACCAAAGAAGAAUUGGUGUAUAUAGAUGACACCUUGAGUGAGGGCAGGGUAGAGAUCUGCAUGGACGGUCGUUAUGGCACUAUCUGUGCGGAUGGUGACAGCUGGUCAUUUAAUGAGGCUGCAGUAGUGUGCAGACAGUUGGGCUUCACUGCUAAUGGUGCUUCACCAGUGGGUAGUGGUUUCUUCAGCACUGACACUCGUGCAACACUGUUCGAUCGUGUUACUUGUUCGGAAAGUGAGGUGAAUGUGAUGCAGUGUGCACGCAAACCAUUCACAGGUGAACAGUGCAGUCAUGAUGCAGCAGUGAUUUGUCAAGAUCCAGCAACAGUUGAUGCCUCUGCUACUCAGUGCAUUAACAGUCACGUCAUGCUGUUUGGUAACAGACUCAAUAAUACUGGUAGAGCGCAAAUAUGCAUCAACAACGUGUGGGGAACAAUAUGUGACAAUGGAAUCAGUUCCAGUGAACUUCGAGUGAUAUGCAGACAGUGGGGACCUUAUUCAGAAGGUGCCAUUCUUCUCCAUGAUUCACCCUUUGGUCUCGGUAGUGGACCGGUAUUCCUACAGUUCAGUGGAUCCCGGUGUGACGGGUCGGAGGAAAACUUGCUCGACUGUGAUCAUAGGCCACUUUCUCUCACCACACCUCUUUGUUCAGAUCAUGCAAAUGAUGUAGCAGUGGUGUGCCCAUUGUGUGAUCCGGACACAAAUCAACCUUGCCUACAACAAACUGGUCCAAAUUCGAUGUGUAUCUACAAUUCCACAACGUCCUAUAGCUGUGGGUGUCGACCUGGAUUUCAAGGAGAAAACUGUGAUGACAUCAAUGAGUGUGACACUGAUGAUGGAAGUUGUCAUAACUGUGAGAAUACGGAUGGAAGCUAUACUUGUAAUUGCUCUCAUGGCUUUGAGCUCAUGUCUAUAAAAGACCGCAAAUUCUGUCAAGACAUUAAUGAGUGCGAAACUCUCGAAGCAGUUUGCAAUGGAAGUACUUUUUGUAAGAACACAGACGGUGGCUAUGUUUGUACUUGCAAUGAGGGCUAUAAGGUUGAUGACAACAAUACCUGUCAUGAUAUCAAUGAGUGUGAAGAAGGUGGAAUUCACAAUUGUAGCGAGUAUGCAACUUGUGAUAAUACAAUUGGAGGAUUUAACUGCACAUGUCAAUUUAAGUACAGUGGAGAUGGGUUUUCAUGUGGUUGUGCAGAAGGUGAUAUUCGGCUGAUGAAUGGCAGUGUACCGUCAGAGGGUCAGUCUGAGGGAAGAGUUGAAGUGUGUCGUGGAGGAGUGUUUGGGACAGUUUGUGACCGUUACUGGAAUGACUUAAAUGCUAGAGUUGUCUGCCAUAGGCUUGGCUUCUCAGGAAAAGAUCACGCUGCCAUCCGGAGAACUCUCACAAACAAAUUGUAUGGCAAGGCCCCCAACCUUUCUCAAAUACAUAUGGACAAGGUUCUUUGUAGAGGAAAUGAGACGUCUCUAUUAAGCUGUCAAAAUUCACAAAACAUUAGCGAUUGUAGGCACGUAGAUGUUGCGAGUGUUAAGUGCGAAGUGCCUUGCUUUGAAGGAGAUAUUCGUUUGAUACCCGAUGAAGAGUCAAGUGAAGCAUUUUACACUAAACUCAGAGAGAAUAACAAUGUUGAGAAGGAGUUUAUAUUUUAUAACGGUCGGCUAAGGCUUGGGAGAGUAGAGAUAUGCCAUGAUCGCUCCUACACCACUGUGUGCAGGGAUAAUUGGGACAAUCUAGACGCUUCUGUAGUGUGCUCUCAGCUUGGAUUCUCUCCAAAUGGAGCAGUUGUAGGACCGUCUAAAUUCACCCAAAGGCAAUUAGCAGUUUCACUCAUUGAUGUUAACUGUACUGGAAAAGAGGCACAUCUCACAGAUUGUGAUAGUGAGAGCUCCAGCGUGUGUGUGGGUGGUGAUGAUGCUGAUGUCGUGUGUCAGGGAGUGGAGACGGUAAAAUUUACUGAGGAAAAUUGCUCUCAUGGUGAUAUCAGAUUGAUUAACGAUGGUGUACCACACUUGUUUGAAGGAAGACUGGAAGUUUGUGUGAACAAUGUAUGGGGCACUGUGUGUGAAAUUGGUUUUGAUCGCCUUGAUGCACAAGUUGUGUGCAUGAUGGCUGGUUUUUCUGCAGGCAGAAAUCACAUGUUCAGCACAAUGUAUGGACCUGGCAAAGGGCCUAUCUUCCUUUCUCGACUGGAUUGCGCUGGAACUGAAGACUCAAUUUUUGAUUGCAACACAUUUGACUUUUCCAGUUUGCACAAUUGCAACCACAACCAAGACAUCAGCGUCAUCUGUGAAUCUACAUGCCCUGAAAUAGAAGAAAUAGGAUCAUUUGGCACUUAUCUCUGGCUCGGUGAUAUAGUUGCAAAACAAACAAUUUCGAUACCUUGUGAAUUAAAUUGCAGCGGUGUAAUAGUAGGUCGUGAGGCCAUAAAGACAUGUGAUGAGUCUGGAAAGUGGGAAGAUACUAACUACUCUGCGUGUCCUACUGCAAACACUUGCUACUUACAAAACCAAAUCCAGGAGCUUACUGCACAAAAUGCCAACAGCGUUGUUGCAGAUGUCUCGGCGACUAUCAGUAGAAGUGACGAUGAAGAUCAGUCGUCUGUCACCAUUAAAGUGCUUUCUGAACUUUUUGAACAUUUUGCCGGUCAACCGCCUCUCCCAGAGGAGGCCGUACAGGACCUUGUAGGCAUUCUCAGUGAUGUGAGCAAUUGGACACUCGAUGCUCUGCAGGAUGAUGCUCCAAGUAUGGUUGAAACGUUUGAGUCCAUCUUUAACAACUUUGAUUUCACAACAACUGGCAUUACCACGUCAUCUCCAUCUGUAGCAUAUAUCGGAAGAGAGGUUUCUUUACAAAGUCUUCAACAAUCUGGCCAAAUGUUUUCAUUAAAUGAUGCUGGGCCAUCUUUCACCGCGAGGAGCUCUUCAAUGAGUAUCAGUUUACCCCCUUCAGUAUUUAGUAAAUUCUCUUCUCCAAACAUCCGUUUAUCUUUCUCGGCAUUCUCAGAUGCUAACUUGUUUCCCCUGUCGCCUCAAACAAACAGGAAUCCCAGGUUCCAAAUAGGCUCGCCUGUGAUUGGAGCCAAUAUCCUUGAUCAGGCACUUGUGGGUAAUGUCACCAUUUCGAUGAUCCUUUCAAACACAAAUUAUAGAGCGCCAAUUUGUAGUUUCUGGGACUCAGACUCAAGUUUGGGUACUGGAACCUGGAGUAAUGAAGGCUGCUCUCUUGUCACUUAUGACGAGAAUAGUGGCUUAGUGGAGUGCACUUGCAACCAUCUCACCAAUUUUGGACUUCUUGCAAAUACAAAUCCUGUCAGUUGCCUCCCCAACACUCAUGAGCCAAAUGAAGACUUCACGGAGUGUAUUCCUCGAACUCCUAAUGUGACAUUGGGAAAUUACAGUUCUUCGGUUGAUUACGGAAAUGUGUUACUGAUUGUGUGUGAAACUAGUCCAUUAUUCCGUGUUGAAUGGAGAUACAAAAAUGGCACGCUAGUGGAGAGAAGUUUUAAUGACGGGCCGCCUUCGGACUAUGCUGGACAUCUUUACUCUUUUAGAAAUUCUACAUCAAGAGUUGACCUUAGGACAUUGGUGUUCAGCAACUCAAACAUGGACCGCAUCGAUAUUGGCUUUCAAGACGUUCAAAAUGAAAUAUCACGUAUGUACGAAUGUGUGGCAUCCAACUUUGAAGUAACUAAUACUUCUGUCACUGUCACUCCUCGUCCUCGAACAGCUGAAGGGAGACCCUCUUUUAUGAGAUUUUCUACCGAUCCUAACAUGCUGAUGCGCUUUGAACUGAACCCACCUGCACUGUUUGCUGGCUAUAUCAGUAAUCAAAUUGUCAGUGAGGUUGACGAAAUUACAGCUGCUCAAUGCAGACCUCUGCCGGAUGGAAGGAGGAUGGAGGACGUUGAAAAUUCCUGGGAUAGGUACGAUUGUAUCCUGACUAGUAGCAGUGAUAGUACAGUCAUUACAAACGCAGCCAGCAACGUGUUGCAACGCCUACGAUACCCAGUUGUUGUCAAGGACAGUGUGAAUGUAUCUAAUCAAGGAUUCUGUGACUCUGAAAUCAAUAACACUGUGCUGCACGGAGUGUAUAGCUGGACAGAAACAGAAGUCGGAGGCAAAAAUUCAUUUUUAUGUUAUUACAGGAGUCUGAAUGCACCAAACAGCACUGCUACUGUAGCUAGAAUAUGUAAUGGACACAGAAUGUGGUCAACCUACACUCCAGGAGAGUGUAUUAGUGAAACUACAUUUGAGUUUCAACGGAUUUCACAGAUUGGGAUAACUUCUGAAAACAUUGAAAUGGUUGUAGAACAAUUGGCGAAUGCUGUGUCAUUUGCUGCCACGGAUAUGCGAGAUCAAAUAUCUGAUAAUGCAGCAGUAGUAUCAUCAACUUUGUCAAGUGCAGCAACAGUGGUGACCUCUGGAAACUUUUCAAUUAACAUUCCUUUUUUGACCAAUGUCUCUGGAGUUGUUAGUGCAAUCUCUAUUUGGCCAUCUAAAGCUAUCAGAAACUCUUCGACAGAAGUUGUGUCGUCAUUUGAUACAUUCGCUGAAAAUCUUGUUAGCCAGGAGAACUUCACUAACAACACUAUUGAACAACCACAACUCUUGUUCAGGGGACAGCAGGGAAACCUGUCAACUCUUCGGCAAGUUGGAUUUGUGUUUGAUGUGUCUGCACUUGACUUAAUGACUGCUGUGAACAACUCAUACAAUGAUACAAGCCCUCCAGCUUACAACAAAGUUACAGUGAUGCUCCCGAGUGAAGUCUUUAAACAGACUGAGUCGACAGGUCUUGCUUUUUCUGUGUACCCAAAUUCAUCUCUCUUCCCUCUGGAUGAAUAUCUUGACAGUGUAGGUCUUAUUGUUGGAACACCAGUCGUGGGGGCAAUUGUGGCCAACACUUUCAUCUCCAAUCUGACACUACCAGUUACCAUUACCUUGCCAAUCAUCGUUAACACUGAGAACUAUACACGUACCAAUCCCACUCACUGUGUUUCGUGGAACUUCACUACUGGAAACUGGAGUACUGAUGGCUGUUCUGUGCUCGAUAGCAACAUCACUAAUGGAUCCAUAUCAUGCCAGUGCAAUCAUCUCACCAACUUCGCAAUCAUUAUGAAUAUUCAAGCAAGACUUAGCCCACGAAAGAGUGAUGAAGUUCUGGAUGCAAUAUCUUAUAUUGGAUCUGUACUGUCAAUCAUAGGGCUCAUCAUAACGAUCAUUACGCUCACAGGAUCAAAGAAACUUCGCUCAUUGGACAUUACUUACUUUCAAGUGCAGUUCUGCAUCUCUGUACUUGGCAUGCUUUUGACAUUCAUGAUAGGGAUCGACCGAACUGAAAUUAAGGGAAUCUGUACAUUCAUGUCCAGCCUGUUACAAUAUUUUGUGCUUUCUUCAAUGUUAUGGAUGGCUGCUCAAGCAUUGCUAAUGUUCCGCAAGCUAGUUUUGGUCUUUGGAAUUAUCACAAAAAGAUUCCUAUUCAUCACUUCCCUAAUUUGUUGGAUACUUCCACUCGUAUUUGUAACAGCCGCUCUUGGAACACUGAGCUCAGGAAAUAAUUAUCUAAUUUUCAGUGGCACAGAUAUGGCUGAGGAUAGAUCAACAGCGUGCUUCAUUAGCAACCUUUAUGUACUCCUGGGUACUGCACUAAUCCCAAUAUAUCUAGUGCUGAUAUUCAAUUUGAUUGUUUUUGCUUGUGUUUUAUGGGUUAUUAUCAAGAAAAUGCACCAAAAACAAGGUGUGGGGAUGAACAAUACGUCGAAGCUCAAUAUCGCUAACUUGAAACUGAUGAUGGGCAUUUUCAGUAUAUCUGUGGUCCUAGGCCUUGCUUGGAUAUUUGGUGCUUUCACCUUCGAUAAAGCAUCCGAAUUAGUAUUCAGCUAUCUCUUUGUUAUUUUCAACGCAUUUCAAGGCUUUGUGUUCUUCAUAUUUGUUGUGAUCGUUAGCUCUGAGGGUCGAGCCUUUUGGACCAAAACUUUGAGGCUAAAUGCUUUAUCCAAACAGCUAUCAAAAGGCAAUAAAACCACUGGAAACAAUUCAAGGUCACCAUCCUCACCAAAUGAAGUUAUUUCAUAUGCAAAUACUUCUACGAGACAGAGGAGCGAUUUCACGAAUAGUAUUGAAAAAGAAAGCUCUUUUGAGGAAGCUUACAUACCAGAAGACAGCAAAUAUUCUGUACCAGCGCAAUCAGUAGAUUUGGGUGACAAAGAAAAUAGUAUUGAGAUGACAGUUAUUCCAAAUUCAAAUCCCUACAAUGACUCGAGUACCACCUCAGCCUCCAUUGAUUUAUCGCAAGACGUCUCUAUUGUACUUGAAUGCCAAGAGAACAGUAGCUAAGGCUGUAAUAAUAAUUAUUGUGUAUAUCGAUCUAUAUGUAGUCUCAGAAAAAAACAACACUUACUUUUCAAUGCUGUCAGUAAUACCACAGCUCUUCUAUAAUUAUCCUUAUAUUGAUCGUAAUUUUAUGUAAACGAUGAGUGAUUAAUUGUCAAAAAUGA